AUGGCUCGUAAUUCGGAACCUCACGCAUUGAUCCAAGAAAUACCAGAUGAGCUCUGGAUUGAUAUUUUCAUGUAUCUUACGGAUUCUCUUUCCUCAGUCUUUCUCAAUGUUCCACUCACAUGUAAGAGAUUCUUCCGAAUUAUUUAUCAUAUUGAUGAUAAUUAUAAGGAAUUUUUGGUGAACCAUGCCACUUUCGGUUCUGAUGAUGAUCAUCAUCAAAACACGCAAACUCUUACUGAUAAUCAUGAGAGUCUUGUAGCAAAAGUAGAACGCAAGUUCAACUCCCUUUUUAGAAAAAAAGCAACAACAACCUCUGAUCACGAUACCACGAUAACCACUCAACCAACCAUACUAGAUGAUGACUGGCUACUUUAUCCGGAUUCUACGAGAGUGAAUGAACCCUUGUACAAGUUAUUGCUGCGGCUGUAUAGUUUGAAUAGCUUUGAUGAUGAUCAGACUGAGGAAUCGACCACAACUCAAGGUCACAACAACUUGAAUACGAAAAUGAUGAGAGACUAUGGUUCCUACAGGACUUGUUUUGAAAGGUUCAAAUUAUUUGGUUUUGCAAUGAAUCAUUUACAUUUAUUUAGAAGAGAGCUCUGUUAUACUGGAACCAUGAUCACCAAUUUAGAUGCUUACAAAAACACUACAACAUUCGACAUUCAUCAUUCACUUCCAACUGGAAAUACGAUUGUCAUGACAGAGAAUUUUGGCUCCUCCUCAGCUGGUAUUAAUGUGGUCAAUCGACCCAUGACCUACAAUUCCGGAAUUCAUUAUUUCGAAUUUAUUGUACAUAAGAGCGGUCAAUAUGACAAUUUCUUGAUUGGAAUUUUGUUAACUGAGAAAUUGAAAUUGGAAGAGUGUAAAGAUAAAAUCAAUGAAUCUGGAGAAAAGCUUGUGGAUCGCUUCUUUGAUGUGGAUAUCGAAUAUAAUUUUCAGUUCAGAGACUACCUUGGUUCGUCCAACAAUUUCAGUUUUGCCAUUUAUGAUGAAGGAAAUUGUGUGUAUCACAAAGCUCACUCCACAUAUAAUUGCUCUGAAAGGAAAAAGUAUUGUACAGUCGAUGAGAAUAUUGUGCGCAAUAAGGGAUUUGUGAUUGGUGUUUAUUUUGAUUCGAAGAAUUUCAAGCUUGCCUUUUCGAAAAAUGGAGAGUUUAUUUGUUCGAUGGAUUUUUCACAGAAAAUGGUUGAUCAUCCACGGUUUGAAGCAGGUCAGCUUGCGUUUUAUCCUGCCUUAUCGAUGGGUCAAACCAACGAUGCAUGUACUUUCUCUACAAAACUUUCUCUUCAAAAGUGCAGUGCCAUUAAGAGUGUUGUCAAAGAACUCUUGUUUGAAAAAAAGUAG